AGGAGGAGGGGAGGUCACGUGACGGCUCCAAUAUGGCGGCGCCGUGUCGCUGUCCAUCCCCUCCUCUGAGGGAGUCGCGUUUCUUCCGGAUCAUGGAGCCCAGCUGCGCCCGGAGCCCUUGAGAGCCCCGUUUCACGCCCCGCUUGAGACACACCGGGACGGCGGGUCUUCAGCGCGCGACGGCCAUGCAGCAGCCCCCAACCCGCGAGGAGGAUACCCGCACCAAGAGCAUGUUCGUCUCCCGGGCCCUGGAGAAGAUCCUCUCCGAGAAAGAGGCGAAGCGGCCCCCUCACGGGCAGCUGCGGAGAGCCUGCCAGGUGGCGCUUGAUGAAAUAAAAGCAGAACUAGAAAAGCAAAGACAAGGCAAUGAAACCACACCAAAAGCAAACUUCAUUGAAGCAGAUAAAUAUUUCCUCCCAUUUGAGUUGGCCUGCCAGUCGAAGUCCCCACGAAUUGUCAGCACCUCGUUGGACUGCUUACAGAAACUCAUUGCAUAUGGACAUAUCACUGGCAAUGCUCCAGACAGUGGAGCUCCUGGAAAGCGCCUGAUUGACCGCAUAGUUGAAACAAUCUGUAAUUGUUUUCAGGGACCUCAAACUGAUGAAGGAGUACAAUUACAAAUAAUAAAGGCUCUUCUCACUGCUGUCACAUCCCCAUAUAUCGAAAUUCAUGAGGGAACAAUCCUUCAGACUGUUAGAACUUGUUACAACAUCUAUCUAGCCAGUAAAAAUCUCAUUAAUCAGACAACUGCCAAGGCUACCCUCACUCAGAUGCUGAAUGUCAUUUUCACUCGGAUGGAAAACCAAGCUAUACAAGAAGCAAAAGAGCUAGAAAAAUUAAAUCAACAAAAGUCCCAAUCUCCCAUGAUUCAUAGUGCGUCAGGCUCUCCCAAGAUUGGCCGACUAAAACACAGCCAACAAGAAAGUAGACCAUCGACUCCUGUAAAAAUAGACUUGACUAAUGGCGAGCCUGAAAAAAAAGAAAACGGAGACCAGAAACCAGAGGAAAAUUUGACUCCUUCAGGAUUUGAAGAAGAAACUGAUGAAGGCACAGAAAUUAUUAAAGGAAUCGUGGAGGAUGUGGUCACUUCAGCUCUUAGAGUUUCUUUAGAAGAAGAAGUCAAAAAGCAAGCUCUGCCUGAAUUGGGAGCUGGAGUUCCUCCUUCUCCUGGUGGUAUUAAUGAAAACACGCAAGCAAAUGGAAUUCCAGAUGAUAGACAGUCUGUCUCCUCUACGGAUAAUCUGGAAACAGAUGUACCUGGACCUCAGGCAGCUGCCAAGUUCUCCCAUAUCCUUCAGAAGGAUGCCUUUCUUGUGUUUCGGUCCCUGUGCAAGCUUUCAAUGAAACCACUUGGUGAUGGACCUCCAGAUCCCAAAUCUCAUGAGCUACGCUCUAAGAUAGUAUCCCUCCAGCUGCUGCUUUCAGUUUUGCAAAAUGCUGGUCCAGUCUUCCGGACACAUGAAAUGUUCAUAAAUGCCAUCAAGCAAUAUCUCUGUGUAGCAUUAUCUAAAAAUGGAGUAUCUUCUGUUCCCGAUGUCUUUGAGCUCUCGCUUGCCAUCUUCCUCACCCUUCUUUCAAACUUUAAGACCCAUUUAAAAAUGCAGAUUGAGGUGUUUUUCAAAGAGAUUUUUCUGAACAUUUUAGAAACCUCUUCGAGUUCCUUUGAGCACAAAUGGAUGGUAAUCCAGACCUUGACUAGAAUUUCUGCAGAUGCCCAGUGUGUAGUGGAUAUAUACGUUAACUAUGACUGUGAUUUGAAUGCUGCUAAUAUUUUUGAACGGCUAGUAAAUGACUUGUCUAAAAUUGCCCAGGGACGGAGUGGACAUGAGUUAGGCAUGACACCUUUGCAGGAACUAAGCCUAAGGAAGAAAGGUCUCGAAUGCUUGGUCUCUAUUUUAAAGUGCAUGGUAGAAUGGAGCAAAGAUCUGUAUGUGAACCCCAACCAUCAGGCCAGCCUUGGUCCAGACAAGCCUUCAGAUCAGGAAAUGGGAGAAGGCAAAUGCUUGGAGAUUGGGGGAAGAAGAAGUAGCGCAAGUUCCUUAGAUUCAACGGUCUCCUCAGGAUUUGGGAGUGUUGGGAUCCAGACCGCUGUCCCUGAUGAUCCAGAGCAAUUUGAAGUCAUUAAGCAACAAAAAGAGAUAAUUGAACAUGGGAUUGAACUGUUUAACAAAAAGUCCAAGAGAGGGCUGCAGUAUUUGCAGGAGCAGGGGAUGUUGGGUGUAACAGCAGAAGACAUUGCACAGUUUCUGCAUCAAGAAGAGCGUUUGUCUUCUAGUCAAGUGGGAGAAUUUUUGGGCGACAGUAACAAGUUGAAUAAGGAGGUGAUGUACGCCUAUGUAGAUCUGCUUGAUUUCUGCGGAAAAGACUUUGUCUCUGCUUUACGCAUAUUUCUGGAGGGAUUUCGGUUACCUGGUGAAGCUCAGAAGAUUGAUAGACUAAUGGAAAAGUUUGCUGCUAGAUAUAUUGAAUGCAACCAAGGCCAAACUCUCUUUGCUAGUGCUGACACAGCUUACGUUUUAGCAUAUUCUAUUAUCAUGUUGACAACAGACUUGCACAGUCCCCAGGUAAAGAAUAAGAUGACAAAAGAGCAAUACAUAAAAAUGAAUCGUGGGAUAAAUGACAGCAAAGACCUUCCAGAGGAAUAUUUGUCUACUAUCUAUGAUGAAAUAGAAGGAAAGAAAAUUGCAAUGAAGGAUACAAAAGGAUAUACGAUCACAACCAAAUCUACUAAGCCAAAUGUAGCCAGUGAGAAGCAGCGACGGUUGUUAUACAACCUGGAAAUGGAGCAAAUGGCUAAAACAGCUAAAGCUCUAAUGGAGGCAGUAAGCCAUGCAAAGGCGCCUUUUACCAGCGCAACUCAUCUGGAUCAUGUCAGACCCAUGUUCAAACUUGUGUGGACUCCAUUACUGGCUGCUUAUAGUGUUGGCCUUCAAAACUGUGAUGACACUGAAGUUGCAUCAUUGUGCUUAGAAGGAAUACGAUGUGCCAUCCGAAUAGCCUGCAUUUUUGGCAUGCAGCUUGAGCGAGAUGCUUAUGUACAGGCACUUGCCCGCUUUUCCUUGUUGACAGCAAGCUCCAGCAUCACAGAAAUGAAGCAGAAGAAUAUAGAUACAAUUAAGACCCUUAUUACAGUGGCACACACUGAUGGCAACUACCUGGGAAAUUCUUGGCAUGAGAUCUUGAAAUGUAUCAGCCAGUUGGAGCUAGCACAGCUCAUAGGAACUGGAGUUAAAACACGCUACCUGUCUGGGUCCGGCCGUGAAAGAGAAGGAAGCCUCAAAGUCUUCACAUCUGGAGGAGAAGAAUUCAUGGGUCUUGGACUAGGUAACCUUGUUGGUGGAGGUGUUGAUAAAAGGCAAAUAGCCAGCAUUCAGGAAUCUGUGGGAGAAACCAGUUCCCAAAGUGUGGUGGUAGCAGUGGACAGAAUAUUUACAGGCUCAACAAGACUGGAUGGAAAUGCAAUAGUUGACUUUGUUCGAUGGCUGUGUGCUGUUUCUAUGGAUGAGUUGGCUUCCCCUCACCACCCACGUAUGUUCAGCCUGCAGAAGAUUGUUGAGAUCUCCUAUUACAACAUGAACAGAAUUAGGCUGCAGUGGUCCAGGAUAUGGCACGUAAUUGGGAAUCAUUUCAAUAAGGUUGGAUGUAACCCUAAUGAAGACGUGGCCAUAUUUGCAGUUGAUUCUUUGAGACAGCUGUCAAUGAAGUUUCUUGAAAAGGGAGAGUUAGCCAACUUCCGAUUUCAAAAAGACUUUUUGAGGCCUUUUGAGCAUAUCAUGAAGAAAAACAGAUCUCCAACAAUUCGAGACAUGGUAAUACGCUGCAUUGCUCAGAUGGUGAAUUCUCAAGCUGCUAAUAUUCGCUCAGGGUGGAAAAAUAUCUUUGCAGUAUUUCAUCAAGCAGCAGCUGACCAUGAUGGGAAUAUUGUGGAGCUGGCAUUCCAGACAACAGGACAUAUAGUUAGCAGUAUUUUUCAACAGCAUUUCCCGGCAGCAAUAGAUUCAUUCCAGGAUGCUGUGAAAUGUUUAUCAGAGUUUGCCUGUAAUGCUGCCUUUCCCGACACCAGUAUGGAAGCAAUUAGACUUAUCCGUUAUUGUGCAAAGUAUGUUUCAGAAAGACCACAGGUUUUAAGAGAAUACACAAGUGAUGACAUGAAUGUGGCAACUGGAGAUAGAGUUUGGGUCAGGGGAUGGUUUCCUAUUUUGUUUGAACUUUCUUGUAUCAUCAACCGGUGCAAGUUAGAUGUGCGAACAAGAGGCCUAACGGUUAUGUUUGAAAUCAUGAAGAGCUAUGGCCAUACCUUUGAAAAACACUGGUGGCAAGAUCUGUUUCGAAUUGUGUUCAGGAUAUUUGAUAACAUGAAGCUUCCAGAGCAGCAAACAGAGAAAUCUGAAUGGAUGACUACUACAUGUAAUCAUGCACUUUAUGCAAUCUGUGAUGUAUUCACACAGUUCUAUGAAGCUUUGAAUGAGAUACUUCUUGCUGACAUAUUUGCACAGUUACACUGGUGUGUAAAACAAGAUAAUGAACAGCUGGCUCGAUCAGGUACCAACUGCCUAGAAAGCCUGGUAAUAUUAAAUGGACAAAAAUUCAGUCCUGAAGUCUGGGACCAAACCUGCAAUUGUAUGCUAGAAAUCUUCAAAACUACAAUUCCUCAUGUCUUGCUGACAUGGAGGCCAGCAGGAAUGGAAGAUGAUUCAUCUGAAAAGCACUUGGAUAUGGAUCUAGAUCGCCAGUCUUCAAGCAGUAUUGAUAAAAAUGCUUCAGAAAGAGGGCAGAGCCAAUUUUCAAAUCCUACAGAUGAGAGCUGGAAAAGUGGUCCUUAUUCAAACCAGAAACUCUUUGCCAGCCUCCUCAUUAAGUGUGUUGUGCAACUGGAAUUGAUACAGACCAUUGAUAACAUAGUAUUUUACCCAGCAACAAGCAAGAAAGAAGAUGCUGAGCAUAUGGCUGCUGCUCAGAGGGAUACACUAGAUACAGACAUCCACAUUGACACCGAAGACCAAGGAAUGUACAAAUACAUGUCUUCCCAACAUCUGUUCAAGUUACUGGACUGUCUGCAAGAGUCUCAUUCCUUCUCAAAAGCUUUUAACUCAAAUUAUGAACAAAGGACUGUUCUGUGGAGAGCAGGGUUCAAAGGUAAAUCAAAGCCCAAUCUUUUAAAACAAGAGACCAGCAGUUUGGCUUGCUGUCUGAGAAUUCUUUUCCGAAUGUAUGUUGAUGAAAACCGCAGAGACUCCUGGGAAGCUAUCCAAGAGAGACUCCUGAAUGUGUGUAGUGAAGCAUUGGCCUAUUUUAUCACCGUGAACUCAGAAAGCCACCGAGAGGCCUGGACCAAUCUCUUGCUGCUACUUUUAACAAAAACACUAAAAGUCAGUGAUGAAAAGUUCAAAGCACAUGCUUCAACAUAUUACCCCUACCUAUGUGAAAUAAUGCAGUUUGACCUGAUCCCAGAGCUCCGAGCUGUGCUGCGAAAGUUUUUCUUGCGCAUAGGUGUGGUGUUCAGAAUCUGGAUUCCUGAAGAACAGUUACGAACAAUGGGGUCUCAUUCGCUUGCAUGGUAGCCCCAUAGCUGCUCUUUCCCAAAGCCUGAGUCAUGCUAAGUUCAAAGAAUGGAAGCAGAAAGAGAGCAAUGAAUAAUUGGCAGGUCUUGAAGAAGAAGCAACUAUAACCAUGGGAACUGCAGGUUUAUAUUGAUCAAGCUGGUGUUUCUGAAGGGAAACUGUUCUCUCUCUCUUUUUUAAUUCUGGCUGCCCUAUAGGAAUAGCUGUUAGCAUUUGACAACUUAAUGCAGUAAAUGUCAAGUCAUUCUUAUCACUAAGCUUGUCUCUUCAAAUCUGUUGUUUGCAGUGUUUCCCUCUUAACAUCUUCCAGCUACUUGCCCAUCAUCUGCUGGAAAUUCUUAAUGAAUGGGAGCUAUUUGUGAGAUAAUACUGAAUAUAUUCAUAUAGGCUUGUGAUGUAUUAAUAAAUAUUUGAGAGGGCUAAAGUUCAUCUGAAAAUUAUGCGGGAACACUUCCUUUUUCAACUGGGCUGCAUUCAGUUGAAAACUGGUCCUUUUUAAAGUGGUUUGGUGCUGUCUAGUCUGAAAACACAUAGCAAGAUGUUGACUGGGCAGUAAUAUGAUGACCCAGCAAAAACCCAAUGCCAUCUUUAUCUCCAUCACUCCUACUGCCAACUUAAUGUAUGUUGUGGCAUGUGUUGUAAUACAUUGUUCCCAGAGCAGUACCAUAUUUUGUUGGCCUGGACCUGUUGGUUUUCAUCAUAUGGAAGUGCUCUUGUUAGUAGAUUAGUAUCAACAAAAUAAUUUGCAAAAUGUUAUUACAAAGGAAAUACUGCCCCCCUGCAAAAAAACAGAGAAAACAAUUGCACAUAGCCUCUUUAACCCAGUUACUAGUCUCAUGACUUGAAUGUUUAAGAAGUUUAACGACUUUGAAAAUUCUUUUGAUUUCUGAUACUUAAUAAUAUGAAGCAAAUGGCAAAAUGAAGCUUUUUAAUUAAUUUCUGAAGUGCACAUUGACUUAAUUAAGAUGUAUACUAGUUGAUCAAACCUUUCCCUUUUGAAUAAUAUAUAGAUUAGAAUUUGGGUAGAAGCAGUCUAUCUUUAAUGUGUAUUAAGAUAUUUCUAUUUUUAUUCCAGAACUGUGAGUUAUGGUUGGUUUUUAAUGGAUUGAUUAGUACUUUAUUGUCAUUAGUGAUGUGAAGGGGGGGGGAGAGUCUGGUUCCUAUUGGGACCACUUGAUUUAUUAAUAUAAGUGCACAUGUACUUGUGACAAAAGCCUGACUGUUAGGGGACAACAGGAAGCAAAAUUGCAAUUGUAUCAGUGCAGUUUUAGUGGCUCUACUGACUUUGGAUCCUGAUUUUUUUUUAAUUAUUAUUUUUGGUAAGACCAUGUCUUCGUAUUCCUGGCCCAAUAAAAGAAAUAGUUUUGUAAGGUCUGGCAGGAAAAACCUGAGUAGCUGUAUUUCACUCUGAUGUCAUGAGUGUAAGAUUUGUAUAAGAAGACAAGAAGGAAAUUGGUUCCGUCCAAAUAUAUUAAAAAUGCAAGUGCAAAAAGUAUUAUCAAGCAUAUAUCUGCAAACAUAAAUUGUAAUAGUAUUGACUAAGUAAAAGUUGGAGGCGGGAGAAUGGUGGUUGGUUAGCUGCAGUCCUAAGCAAAUGACUUUGAACUAAGUUCCACUGAAGAUGAUAGCUUCUAAGUGUAAUUUGGUUCAUUGUGUUUGGAACUUCUUGCUUUGUAAAUUGAGUUUGGCUGUUAACUCAACCAAAGUUGUUAUAGAUUUGAGAGAACCAGAAUUGAUGGCUGGAUUUAUUUUAUUGAAUACUGGUGCUCGCUUUCUCUCAAGCUUUGUUUAUAGCAAAACAGCGUGGGCUUUACAUUUGUUUUGGGCCACUAAUAUGAUAAGUAAAAAACAGUUUCUGACAUUUAAUUUCUCUACCAAAGAAUUUUACGUAGCAAAUGCAGAAUUUUUGUCUCAUGUGAAAUAUUAUUAUAAACUAUUAAUUAUAUAGAAACUAUUGUGCUAACGAUCUUGCUGAAUCAUUUAGAUUGUGCACAAUUGUAGAAAAAUAUGUGAACUUUUGUCAGCAUUUAAAGCAAUUUAGACAUUUAUGUUUGGUAUGUAAAGAGGUAUUUCACCAUGUACUGCAAGAAGUCAUUUAUUUUUAUAUAUGUAUAUUUACAUCAUUGACCUGUAUUCUUUUUCAUUGGACUGUUUUUUUUUUUGCCCACUAUUAUGGAUCUGCUAUUAACAUGUUGUACAUGUUAAUAGUGUUUCUGUCAAACGUUAAAGUGUUCAAAUUUGCAUACAUUUGACUUCAUUAAGGAAGCAUGGCAAAAUUACAACUGAAGUUUCAAAAUCUGAAAAGUGCAAUAUAGAUAGGAUUGAAAUAAUAUCUUCCAAAUCUUUGCAAUGUAAAAUACCGUGAAGAAGCUUUAUAAAAGAUCUUUGCUUAUAUAGGGAAUAUUCUUACCAUAAAACUUAGAACCUUUUAAAGCCUUAGUGUUGAAUGACUUUAUUUCCUUAGGAAAACUAUGUUUAGCAGUCAACAGUUACAUUUUCAAAUAGCUGAACUUUAAUUUAAAAACAUA